AUGGCGAAUCGAUGGUGGGCUGGAAAUGUAGCCAUGGGAGGAGGGCAUGUGGACUCAAUCUCCUCAACUCCUCCAUCUCUUCACCUCAGAAACACAGAAGAACAGCUCGAAGACCACAACACCACCAACACUCCCACUAACAGCAGCACCAGCAACCCCACAACAACCCCUAACAAGCAAAACCACGAACAGCACGAAGACGGUCGGGACAACGACGAUCUCGAAGCUGAUAAUCAGGACCCCAACACUGGCAGCGGCAGCCACGACAGCCUCGAGCCGGGAAGCAGCAACCGGAGACCGCGUGGCAGACCUCCAGGGUCGAAAAACAAGCCCAAACCGCCAAUAAUCAUCACCAAAGAGAGCCCCAACGCGCUCCGGAGCCACGUCCUGGAAAUCAGCAGCGGCAGCGACAUUGUGGAUAGCAUUGCCACCUUUUCCCAAAGGCGGCAUAGAGGGGUUUCGGUUCUGAGCGGAAGCGGCAUUGUCGCCAAUGUAACUCUACGACAUCCUGCAGCACCAAGUGGAGUGAUCACGCUGCACGGGAGGUUCGAGAUUUUGUCGUUGUCGGGUGCCUUCCUGCCCUCUCCCUCCCCGCCCGGGGCAACGGGGCUUACCGUGUACUUGGCCGGUGGACAGGGGCAGGUGGUGGGCGGGACCGUGAUGGGGGCAUUGGUGGCUUCAGGCCCUGUGAUGGUCAUUGCGGCGACGUUUACAAACGCAACUUACGAGAGGUUGCCACUUGAGGAUGAGCAAGCUGGAGAAGGAGGGAUGCAGGUGCAGCAACAUCAGCAACAAUCAGGUGUGAAUUCGGCAGGGACUGGAGGGAAUUCAGGUUCUCAAGGUUUGGGUGAACAUACUAGUUCAAUGGCCAUUUAUAAUUUGCCUCCAAAUUUGCUUCCAAAUGGUCAGAUGCCUCCUGAUGUGUUUUGGGGUCCUCCUCCUCCCAGACCCCCUCCUCCAUCGUAUUGA